CACAUUUCUGUGAAAGUGCUCCGACCAAUUUCUUUUAAGAGUAGACAACCAGAACUAUUGACUUCACUAAAACAGCAAUUUCCGUUUUCCGGCUUCAAGACCUUCCCCAUGAUAUGCUUCGAGAUUGACAAUUGGCAUCUAUCAAUUUUCGGUUCUGUCAUCUGCACUUCAGUCCUGAUAAGGUGGAAAUCAGAAUGUCAUCGUUGCACUUCGUUGUGAUAUUUUUCAAUAUUUUGCAUUUAGUGACUCCCUACCUUGAAAGCGAUGGGUGGCUGAACAUUGAGCUGCAUCACGCCUUAGACAGGCACAACCCCGACAAAUUCACAUUCCGUGGCAAUGUGUCCAUUCCCAGCCUGAAUAUUGGAAUAGCUAAUGUAUUGCAGGAGCCCCUCAACUCGGAGGAUCGUGAGAAACUUAAGGACCUAGCCGAGCACAAUCAAUUCUACCGGCUCAAAUCCUACGUCACUUUCUCGGAUGCGACGAAAAUCGAUUAUCUCACAUCGACCAAAGCCUGUGCGCUGGCAAAUGCCCAGUUGGCAGACUUACUGUGGGUGUCAAUCGACACGAGCGGCUCAGUUCUCGCCAUCACACAGACCGUCAGCGGCAGUGGAAACUGCCAGGACCUCCAAGUAUCCAGCGAAGAUCUAGAGAAUUUCAACACGCACGUGAUCGUCAAACAAAUGGAACUUGCACCUGUACCCGAUACUACCAGUUUCAUUCAGAAAUUAGAGCGUGAACGCGAGGCCCGCGAACGUGGGGAAGUGAAGGAUAAUCGAGGUUUCUUCGCGAAAUAUUGGAUGUACAUUGUCCCAAUUGGACUCCUUGUUUUGAUUUCGGGCGCGACUAGCCCUGAUGGUGGACAAGGAGGUGGCCGUUAAGCGCCACUUUGGAUUUUUAUUACCAACAUUGUGUUUUUAGUUAAAUUAUUCUAAAUAAACUCUUAUUAAAAUUCAAA